AACAUCAUAAAGAAGGUGAGCGGCCAGAAGUUCGUCUAUAAGUUCGUCAGUCAGCCCGACCCCUCUCUGCCGGAGGGGCUACGCAGCGGAGACGAGGGCCAGAGGAGGGACCCCGCCGACCCCAACGGCCAAUCAAAAGGCCCCGGGGGCGGGGCUUCUACAUGUCAGUCAAAGAGCUUACCCCAGCGCUCAUUGCCCAGCGGCGCCCAGAAGAGCUCCCGCAACGACUACAUGAAGUCCGGCCUCUACUCCACCUUCACCAUCCAAUCACUGCAGGCCUCGCCCAACCCACGGCCAAUCAAAACGGAGCUGCUGAUACAACAAGACGCCGCCCUGUUGGUCGAUCACUCGCCCAGAGAGGUGAGUGUGUAGUGUC